AUUCAUUGGGCAGCCACCUAUCUCUCAAUUCACUGCCAUGGACAUAGAAAUUGAAGCAGCCUUCUAUGGGUUUAAUUACUGCCUCCCUUGCAAGCAAUGUGCCCAACACUAUUUCCCAGUAUUUGACCCUACAACAUCCUCCACUUUUGCUUACAUGCCAUGCAAUUCUGAGUAUUGUUCCCGACGCCGCACUUGUGAUUCAUUCAACCAAUGUACAUUACAGAAAGAGGUACGUCGAAGGCCCUCCCUCAACUGGAACCCUGGCCACUGAGCAGAAGUUACAUUUGAUGAGACAUCAGACGAAAGGAAUACUCACUGUACCCAAUGUAGAAUUCGGGUGCGGUCACAACAAUGGAAACUUCACCGAUCACCGCAUAAGUGGCAUGUUGGGAGUUGGCUAUAGAACAAUAUCAUUGGUUAGACAUUUGGGUUCGAGGUUCUCUUAUUGCAUAGACACUAUAUUUGACACUAAUUAUAGUCACAAGAAGUUUCUAGGCAAUAUUGGACCUAAGAUGGAGCGGGAUUCAACACCUCUAGAAGUGAUUAAUGGUCGUUGCUACGUUGAAUUGCAAGGCAUUAGCAUAGGAGAAAAGUGGCUUGACAUUCAUCCAAGCGUAUUCAGGGGGACAUCAAAGGAAAGAAGUGGGGUAGUAAUUGAUUCGGGCUUUCCUGCAACCUGGCUAGUCAAGGAAGCGUACAAGACACAUCGAGAAGUUCAGAACCUGUGAGAUGUAUGGCUGAAAAAACUUUCAUCUGGGGCAUGGCAGUUGUUUUA